CUGCUCGAACUUGGUGCGGAUCCGAAUGUGGUCGGUGGCCUUCUUGUGUCGUCACCGUUGCACUGGGCUGCACGUGUGGGACACAGCAACAGUGCGGCACUACUUGUCAAAGCUGGUGCUGUCGCGAAUGUACGUGACACACAAGGAUAUGCUCCUAUUCAUCUAGCAGUACAAACAAACCAGUCUACACUGGUUGCAUAUCUGCUGGAGAAAUUUGACUAUUGCAAAGAUAUAACGGACAAUAGUGGAAUGACACCAGUCAUGUGGGCGGCAUAUCGUACCUUUGGCAUGUUCCCCAUCCGCUUAUUAGUCAGAGCUGGUGCAAAUCUGAAUGCUCAGGAGCAUCUGUCUGGCAAUACUGCGCUCCACAUAGCAGCUCAAGAAAGAAAUUAUUGUUCCGUGAGAGAGUUAUUAGCGGGUAACGCGGAUCUUCUUCUGCGUAAUAAACAGCAAGAGACACCUAUGGAUAUUGCGAGAAACAUGAGGAAUCACAAGAUUAUAGGUAAGUUGUUGUUGUGA